UCAAACAGUCGAACAGAAGCCAAAUAGACAGAAAACAGUAACAUGGAAGCCUCAAUGUGUGUUAACAUCAGUAUUUCCUUUAAUUACUCUGUCUGGUGGCGUAGAGUUAAACUGUGCAUUUGAUAUCAGCCAUGUAUCUAAAUGCCUAUAAUGCCAAAAUAAUAUAUUUGAGUACAAGAAAGGCUUCACCUAAAGCUAAAUCUCACAGAGGGAUUUCACACUUGAGCAGAAGCAAGUGAAGAUUAGAUGAGAGAAGACUUCCUGUUCUUGGUGGCGUAGCUGAAAUGAGGCUUCCUGUCCCCAAACGUUAAGGUAAAGGCAGGCUCGUUUGGUGUGACAUCACUCCCGCUUGCUUGACUUGAAACCAAAGGCGAGGUUUAGGGUUUGGGGAACAAGUCCAGGAAGCUGCGUCCACUGAUAACACAGAAAACGACUGUACUGCAUGGUGUGUAGCCGUACACGCCCUAACUCCGGGUUAUGGCCGGUCUCUGUGGUCUCAAGAUCCUGCUGCUCUGGGCUGGGAUCAUCAGUUUAGCCAACUGUGAAAAGACAACGAUGUCCCCAACAAAUGUUUCAAACCUCUUACCUCCACGCACCUCCACAAAUUCCACUUUACGCACCGUGACACCAACUACUGUCACGCCUUCAGACAACUCAGCAACAACCCACAAACCUCCACUCACCUCACCAAGCAUCACAUCAAACUCCCAAAAUACAACGCUCCAUUUAACCCACGGGACUGACAUCACUGCUCCUCCUGCAAGCACCUCACCCAAAGCCAAUAACACCAAUCAAGACCAGACUUCACCUCCAAUCAGCGUGAAUCGUUCUACUGCAGCCACCACAUUAGCCCCUCCUCCACCUCAACAGUGUUCUUACUCCGUCACACCCAUCAAGUUUGGCCUCCUGGUUGACAUGUUGAACUCGACCAAUGCCAGCUCCUCCAUCAGCCUCAAAGAAAAGGGCCAACCGGGCCAACCGGGCCAACCCCUCCUUCAGUCCUUCAAGCAAAGCUCUCAUGAAAUCAAUCACCUGAAGCCCUGUACUGAAUAUGAGCUGAAUGUGACAUUUAUCGAUAGUGCUGGCAAAGAAUCAUCUUGUACAACUGAUAUUAUGACACUGGAGAUGAGUCAAGAUGAGGUUAAAGAUGGCAGCUGCAUGCCUGGAUAUGUUUGUUACCAGAGUGACUGGGACAUCAGCUCUUCACUGUCAACAUCAGAUAAUAUUUCAGCUGAGCAAUGCAAAAGUGACAUUAGGGAGUUCUGCAUCAAACCUGGUUUCAAUGACAUCUGCACAAAUGUAACCUCAACCUUCACUUCAGGAAAGUGUGGGGCUUCCUUUAGCCUCACCAACAACAUCCCUGUUGAUUUCUUAGAUCCAAGUGAAAUAAAUCAAAUACGUUCAAAUACAUUUCCUGCAAAAAUAGAAACAGAAUUACCUCCAAACUGCAACAAUCUCACCAUUGAUUACACCUGUCAGAAACCCGAUGAACCCAACACCUGGAAACUGUCUGAGCUGGAGCCCUUCACAGACUACAACUGUACUGGUCAGAUCAAAGACAACAAUGUCACCGUGAAUCACACGACUGUCCUGUUCAGGAUUGACUGUGAUCUCACAAUAGGCAUCCCAAAUAAAACUGUCACCAACACCUCCAUUGAGUUGAGUUGGGACACGACCAGUAAGAAGUGUGGUCCUGUGCUUCCUGAUCUUAAGAAGCUUUCUUAUGACUGCACUUGUUCCCCCAGUCAGAAACACAGCAUUUCAGCUAAAGCGAAGCCAUCAGAAAGAACAUGUCAUAUUACAGGACUGGAACCAUACACCAGCUAUACCUGUAAAGUCCACAGCAAAUAUAUCAACAAGGAAGUUGCCCAAUCGACUGAAUUUUACUACUUAACUGAGCCUGGAAUACCAGAAGAGAUUACUUCACUGGCGGUGAAUGUUCCAGAGCAUAACGUGAUAAAAGUAACGUGUGCUUAUCGAAAAAGUUCUUUUGGACCUGAGAAGAAAUUCGUUGCAUAUCUUAAUGGUGUCAAGAUGUUUGACAAAGAAAAAUGCGAUUUUGAAUUCAAAGAUCUAAGCUACUCAACGAAUUACGCUGUGGAGGUGAAUGUUUGCAACGGAAGAUUUUGCAGCAAACCCAAAAAAGAAACUGUUUCCACUUCCUAUAAUGACAAAGCUGUCAUUGGGCUUCUGGUCUUCCUCAUCAUCCUUACAUCUGUGGCUCUGCUUUUAGUCGUCUACAAGAUCUACGUUCUGAGGCGCAGGAAGUCCCAUGACCUGGGUGAAAACAUGAUGCUUAUUUCUACAGCAAAUGACGAAGAGAACUUGAUGCCCGUCGAGCCGAUUGCAGCAGAUUUCCUGCUGGAAGCUUACAAGAGGAAGCUUGCUGAUGAGGGAAGACUUUUCCUGGCGGAGUUUCAGAGCAUCCCCAGAAUCUUCUCGAGGUACAGCGUGAAAGAGGCCAAGAAGUCCUGCAAUGUCUCCAAGAACCGCUACGUGGACAUCCUGCCAUAUGAUUAUAACCGUGUCCAGCUGACCACCGGAAAUGGAGAGGCAGGAUGCGAAUACAUCAAUGCCAGCUCCAUUGAUGGGUACAAGGAAUCCAAAAAGUACAUAGCAGCUCAAGGGCCGAAGGAUGAGACUGUGAGUGACUUCUGGAGGAUGGUCUGGGAGCAGCAGUCUUCCAUCAUUGUCAUGGUAACACGCUGUGAAGAGGGAAACAGGAUCAAGUGUGCGCAGUACUGGCCGUCUCCAGAACGGGAGACAGAGAUCUUUGAGGAGUUUAUAGUGAAGCUGAACUCAGAGGACCACUGUCCGGAUUACACCAUCCGCCAUCUCAGCCUAACUAAUAAGAGGGAGAAGAACUCAGAGAGGGAGGUGACCCACAUCCAGUUCAUGAGCUGGCCGGACCACGGCGUCCCUGGGGAGCCGCAUCUCCUCCUGAAACUGAGAAGGCGUGUCAAUGCUUUCAAGAAUUUCUUCAGCGGUCCCAUCGUCGUUCAUUGCAGCGCGGGAGUCGGAAGGACAGGCACUUACAUUGGCAUCGAUGCCAUGAUGGAGGGUCUAGAGGCGGAGGGGAGAGUGGACAUCUACGGCUACAUAGUUAGACUCCGCAGACAGAGAUGUCUCAUGGUUCAAGUCGAGGCCCAGUACAUCCUGAUUCACCAGGCGCUGCUGGAGCACAAUCAGUUUGGAGAGACUGAGAUCACCGUGUCUGAGCUCCACAGCACACUGAGCACGCUAAAACAAAGAAACUCAGGAAAUGAACCCACCUUAAUGGAGGAUGAGUUUGAGAGACUCCCCAUCUAUAAAAACUGGAGGACAUUCAACACGGGGAUCACAGAAGAGAACAAGAAGAAGAAUCGCUCUUCAACUGUCAUUCCAUAUGACUACAACCGAGUGCUGCUGAAGCUAGAUGAAGGACGCAGUCAUGAUAGUGACCCCAGUGAGGAAGAUGAAGAAGACUCAUCAGAUGAGGAGAAUGAGGAGUCCACUAUGUACAUCAAUGCCUCCCACAUAGAUGGGUACUGGGGCCCAUGCACCUUCCUCGCAGCGCAGACUCCGCUGCCAGACACUAUGGCUGACUUCUGGUCGAUGGUUUACCAGAAGAGAGCGUCUACUAUUGUCAUGCUCUCAGACUGCAGUGAGGGAGAUAAGGAGUCAGAUUGUGUCUACUGGGGUAAAGACAAGAAAACAUUUGGAGACUUUGAGGUGGAACUGGCGAGCACGGACACCUCCCCAACUUUCAUCAGCCGCAACAUGCUGAUCCGUCACGUCAAGAGGAAAGAGAGUCGGCCGGUGAAACAGUUCCAGUUGCUGAAGUGGGCGAGCGGCGAGCUGCCGGAGAAAGCUCAGGAUCUCACGGACAUGAUCAAGGACAUCAAGCACAGCUGUGGCGGCAGCAAAUCAGAGAAGAGCCUGCCCAUUGUGGUCCACUGCAGUGAUGGCUCAUCCCGUUCAGGAAUUUUCUGUGCUCUGUGGAACCUGCUGGACAGCGCUGAGACUGAGAAGCUGGUGGAUGUUUUCCAAGUGGUCAAAACCCUACGGAAGGAGAGACAAGGCAUGCUCUCCAACCCGGAGCAGUACCAGUUCUUGUACGAGGCCCUGGAGGGGGUCUUCCCUGUCCAGAACGGGGAAGUGAAAUCAAUACAGGCCUCUGCAGGCGACUCCGUCCAGGUUGUGAAUGAAACCAAAGCAGCAGAGCAGCCAGCUAGCACUACCACCAAAAACCAGCAAGGGGCAGCAGAGAGCGCUCCUCUUGUGGCUGAUGGAGGGAAGGAAGACAACAAGGAGGAGCCUGAAUCAGAGAGUGCGCUACUGGAGGACACCAGCACUGUCACGGUGGAGGUCUGAGAUGACUGGCUGGCUGGUGGUUGUGCCUUUUACUUCUGGGAAUAAGCGCUUUAGUUGAAUGCUUUCUUUUAAUUACUUAACAGUAUGAAUGUUUAAACAUUGUAAAGCAUUCACGCAGUGUUGUUUUAGGUUUGUUUAAGAAUUUGAUCACAUAUUAUGUCAAUUUCCAAAAAUAUAAUUUUUCUAAGUUAUGAAUAUUUUUGGUUGGAAAAGUGUAAGGAUGCAAAUAAUACGGUCUGUGAGGUACGUUUACUAGAAAUGCUGUGGUCAAACUAGGGGCCUUGGUGAGCAAUUUUAAAUGAUAUCUAUAUAAGUGCAUGUUGACUUUGAAUUAGUUUCUGUAUUUCUUCCCCCUAAAUAAACUAAAUGUUAUUGUCUACACACACACAAACACACACGCACACACACACACACACACACACACACACACACACACACACACACACACACACACACACACACACACACUCACACACGUGACAUCGGCCUUACUCACGCUGUCCAGGAAGAUCGGCUGCACACCGACACAAACACACACACAACACCCGCCAACCCACACACACAACCCCGUGCAACCUACACCCCGCUACCCACUCUUAUCCCCCACACUACCCGGUGAAAAAAUGAGACAAUAGUCCAAAAAAA